CAACACAUGGAGAGAAACAGAAAUGUAGAGAGGGAGAGAGAGAGAGAGAGAGAUAAAAAAUCCGUAUCGCGGUUAUGCAAUCUUUUUGCGGCCGAGAGUCUCGUAUUGCAAAAUUGUAAUCCGCGAUCUCCAUCGAUCAAUCAUCGAAGAAAAAUAUCGCCGAUCAUCUGUUGUGUCGUGCCUUGUCAACUGUCAUUUAUAAAUAUAAAUAUCCGAUAAGAGAGAGAGAGACAGAGAAAGAAUGUUGAUUGUCUGUUGCGUCUCCAAAACAUUUUGUUAAAACUAAUUUCGUAGCAAUUAAAUGAUUUCUAUUGGAUUGUUUUCUUCUCGAUGCGUGUUUUUAUGUAGAGAGCAUCAUGUGUUUAUGAAUCAUAUAGCGAAAUGUGCGAUUAAAGUUGAAUUGGUCAACGAUAGUCUUACCGAGUUAAAGGGCGAAAUUGCUGGUCCACCAGAUACACCAUACGAAGGAGGUAAUUUUGUGCUCGAAAUAAAAGUUCCCGAGACAUAUCCAUUCAAUCCUCCCAAAGUGCGUUUUAUAACAAAAAUAUGGCAUCCUAAUAUAUCUUCUGUCACUGGUGCUAUUUGUUUGGACAUUUUGAAAGAUCAAUGGGCUGCUGCAAUGACUCUGCGUACGGUAUUACUGUCAUUACAAGCAUUAUUAUCUGCAGCAGAACCUGACGAUCCUCAAGAUGCAGUAGUUGCUAAACAAUAUAAAGAACAUCCCGAAAUGUUUCGUCAAACUGCUACACAUUGGACAUUUGUAUAUGCAGGUGGACCAGCAAAAAUGCCUGAUUUAGAUGAGAAAAUAAGAAGAUUAACAGAUAUGGGAAUCGAAGAACAUAAUGCGAGAGUUGCUCUAUCCUCAUAUAAUUGGGACUUAGAACGCGCUACCGAGCACUGCCUCUUCAGUUAGUGAUAACUGCAUAGCUAAUCUGUUACAUCCAAGCACCAUUCAUUUUGUCAUUAAGAAGUUCUUGUAAUAAUCAUUCGGAUAUUGAUAUUAUUAGUGAUUUGGCAAUUGGUAUUUUGCACCAACAGUGACAAUAUCUGAUUAAAAAAACAUCAUCAGGAAAGCUAUUCAAUAUCCA